UCCUGGCUCCGAGUCAUUUCGCAUUGUACUCCUUCCUGAUUUAUUUUAUAUUCUAAGGCUUUUGCUUGUUGUUGCCUUGUUUUGUUGGUUGUUGCUUGCCAUGUGCUUGCCAUAAUAAAAUGUAAACAUCGUUUUUGUAAUAGUAUUAAUUGUGAUUUAAUUAUUCACUUGGCUUUUAUUCUAAACUAUCAACAUAAUAUUAAAAUAAAUACAAUCAAAUUGGAUAUGAGAUAAUAUGAUGGAAGUGAAACAAGAAACAAGUGAAAUUCAAUGUAAAAUAGAAGUAUGUGAUGACUUUAAUGAUGGUCUCCUGGAUAACAUUAAAAUGGAGAUAAAGGAGGAACCUAUAAUAGAAAAUACAAAUGAUACGUUUGAUUGUGUAGACGUAAAGGAAUAUCCUAUAAAAACUGAUACAGAACAAGAUGAAGAUAAACUUAGAAUGUCUCAUGAGGAACAAACAAAAGAAGAUGACUUUUCGCAAGAGAAGAACACUUUGGAAAUUAUAAAAACAGUUGACAUACAUUCAUCUAAUAAAGGACCACAUACAAGUCGAUCUGUUGAAGAAAAAACAUUAAAAUGUCAAAUUUGUGCUAAGAAGUUUGGCAGAAAAUAUAAUUUAAAUCUACACAUGAAAAUUCAUACUGGGCAAAAAUCUCACACGUGUGAAAUUUGUUUAAAGCAAUUUAUUCAAGAGAGCAAUUUGAAAAUACAUUUGAGAGCGCACACUGGGGAAAAACCUCAUAAGUGUGAAAUUUGCUUAAAGAUGUUCACUUCUACAAGUUAUUUGAAAAUACAUGCGAGACUACACACUGGAGAAAAACCUUACACGUGUGAGAUUUGUUUUAAUCAAUUUACUAAAAAAAGUAGUUUAAAAACACAUUUGAGAGUCCACACUGGAGAAAAAUUGUACAAUUGUGAAAUAUGUUUAAAGCAAUUUACUACGGCAAGUAGUUUAAAAAAACAUUUGAGAGUGCACACUGGAGAAAAAUCUUACAAGUGUGAAAUUUGUUUAAAACAAUUUACUGGAAUAAGUGAUUUGAAAAUACACUUGAGAGUGCACACUGGAGAAACGCCUUACAAAUGUGAAAUUUGUUUUAAGCAAUUUAGUCAAUUAAAUAAUUUGAAAAGACAUUUGAGAAUGCACACGGGAGAAAAACUGUACAAAUGUGAAAUUUGUUUUAAGCACUUUACCCAAAGAAGUGGUUUGAAAACACAUUAUGUGAGAUUGCACACUGAAGAAAAGCCUCAAAAAGAAAUCCGCCGGAACGUGGCUCGACAUUCUGAGUGAAAUAGAAAAAUGUAACAGAAAAAGAUAGAAAUUGAAGGCGGAUUCAACGCGACAUGAAAUAGAGAAAUUUCUGUCAAAAUAUGUUAUAUAUAACCCUUAAGGUUAUAGGACACUUUAGAAGGCCAAAAAUAAUCAUUUUGUUCAAGAAUUUUUUUCUCGGAACGUUUAUUAAAGAUGAACAUAAAACUUUUUACAUUUUAAUAUCUAACUCUUAUAGAGCACAAAAAAUAUAUCGUUUUUUCAUUUAUGAACGUACACUAAUAUUGUAGAAGUUGCAAAAGUCGAGGCUUCGAAAAAUGAUGGCGGACAGUUAAUCUCAGGAUUGGGAUAUCUGAAACAAAAAAAUCGUAUUGCAUUUGAAAAAGAAAGGUUUCUUACGUGACAAUUUACCUCAAUUUAACCAAAAAAUAAAAAUAUUUUAACCAUGAAAAACGGAUGAUUUUUUCACAAAAAUUUUUCAAAUGUCGGUAAAAUCUUUUUUUUCGGCAUUUUCCACUAACGGUGGUAAAUUGUCAGGUAAGAAACCUUCCCUUUUCAAAUGUACGAUUUUUUUCUCGAAUACGAAAAAAGAUUUUUUGUAUUCAAACUAGUUCAUGUGGUGAGACCACUCCCGUCUGAAAAAAUUUCUGAUUCGGUUUCUUUGUGGAUUCCUAUUCAAAAAUGUCCCCUUUAAACAAAUCUGAAGGAUGCCGGGCGGAAUUUUUGUUCAGGAAUUGUUUAUUUUUUUAAACAAAUACAAAAGAUCUCAUUUUUUGCUCUGGUGCAUAUUUUUUUAGGUUUUUUGGGUCAUUUUUAACAAGAAAGAUAUUUUGUGAUUUUUCUUAAAAAUUGAUAGUUUUUGAGUUAUUGAGUUAUAGGCGAUUUAAUAUCUGAACAAUGCGAAAAUACGCAUUUUCGAGGCUUAAAAACACAUAUUUACAGGCUUAAAAACACAUAUUUAAGUUAGUAUUUUUGAGGUUGCCAGAUAUGUAAUUAAAUUGAAGUUUAAACAUUCAGCUUCAAGAUUCUGAAAAGUGUUUGCGUCUAACCUUAAUUUAAACCGUUGCAUUUUAAUUGUUAAAUUUGCAUGUCCAUCCGAUUUUUUUGCCGGUGCGGCGCGCUCUAUUUUAAUAAUCUACUAUUUUCCCCAAAAAAUAUUUUUCGGAGGAAAAUAGGAUAUAUUUUUGAAAUAGAGUGCACCGCACCGGUAAAAAACACGCAUAAUUAACAAUUAAAUAACAAUUGUGUAAAUUGAAGCUAGACCCGAUCACUCUUCAGAAUCUUAAGAAUGAAUGUUUAAACUAUUUAAGUACUUGGCAACCUCAAAAAUACUAACUUAAAUAUGAGUUUUUAAGCCUCGAAAAUGCGUAUUUUCGCAUUUUUCAGAUUUUAAAUCGCUUAUAACUCGAAAACUAUUUUUGAGGAAAAUGACAAGAUACCUUUCUUGUUUAGAAUGACCCAAAAAACCUAAAAAAAUAUUUUCUGGUUCAAAAAAAGGUGAUAUUUUGUAUUUGUUUAAAAAAAUUGUUUAAACAAUGUCUGCCCAAAAAUUUCUUCCGGCACCCUUCAGAUUUGUUUAAAGGGAACAUUUUUGAGUAGGAAUCCGCAAAGAAACCGAAUCAGAAAUUUUUUCAGACGGGAGCGGUCUCACCACAUGGACUACUAAGAGUUAGAUAUUAAUAUGUAAAAAGUUUUAUGUUCAUUUUUUAUAAAGGUUCUGAGAAAAAAAUCUUGAAAAAAAGCUUAUUUUUGGUCUUCUCUAAAGUGUACUAGUACCUUAAGAUAAUACCAAAUCCUAAAAUUUUUUGUCCUGUAGACCGUCUUGAAUUUUGCCACAAACUAUCGGUAAUGUGACGCGUAUCAAAGAAAAAUAGAAGCUCAAACAAGUACGAUCAGUGUCGUGGUAAUUUUGUGGUCAAACGACGCGUAGUGUUUUAAUUUUUAUCAUUGUGUGAAUUAACCAACCUACUGAUAUUUUUAACGCCACCACUGGCGGGGUGUACUUUUUUGGGUAUCUUUAUUCUUGGGGACAUACAGUCGGAAAAAUGAAAGAAUACCCAUGAACGAUCAUAUCAAGCACUUAUUUUGGAUUUGCUGCCUUUUUCUAUAAAUAACAAACGAGAGAGAUAGAUUAUUUAAGUGUUUUCUACUAAGCAAAACCGUUAUCCAAGACAUACGCAGUUACAUAUUUAUAAUUGACAGAGUGAGACGGCGAUACAAUUGUUCAACGUAGUUAUAUUAAUUUUGUAGAAAAUUUAAACUCACACUUGACUAUUUCUGUACUUCUAAUGUCAUUCUUAGAAAAACAUUUAACAUCAGUAGAGAUAAUGACUGUAUAAACUACUAUUCGAGUAAUCGUGCUGGUCAACUAUAAUCUGACCGAUUCAAUUUAUCUCACUUUGACAGUGAAACUGGGUUAUGUUCGGUAGAGUUUAUAAAUUUUAAUAAUCAGUCGUAUUUACUUGAAUAAACUCAGUUCUUUUAAAAGCUAUUUUGAUAUUAUAUUGUAUUUUUGGUUUGGUAAGUAUUUAUUUAAUUAAAAUAAGUCAAUAAAAUUUGUAAUUAAUCAUCUGUCAAUAUGGUUAACUUCUGUCUAUGAGUUUGCCAAACGUGUACAUAUUACUCUGACUUUUCAAUCAUAGUGUACCUAUAAAAUUACAGAUUAGUAUAUUUUUACGAAUGUGCAUUUAUUUGCGGAUAAUGUCUGGAAAAUGAUCUGCAUACCAAAAUGAUCUGAAUUCAUUAAGUUUACUUUCAUUUAAGUCACUUAAUGCAGCUGACAUAAACGACAUUUUUUAAAUUCCGGUUACUAUUUACGUCCGGCAACUUUAACAUGGAGAAAUUCAUAAUACUAUAUUUGCUUACUCAUUAUUUUUGUAUUAUUAAUCUAUAUCAAAUAAUUAAUUACGGUAGUAAAAUUAACAUUUAUUACCAAUAAAUAUAUAGGUAUUAUAAGAAAAAGAAUAACAUCAUAAAAAUUUUUUGACACAUUUACGUAGCGAAAAAUCGUAUGGUUGGGUAGUAGUUACAUCCGUUUUUUUUUACAGUAUAGUUUAGACGUUGUUUUGACUAGAAAUUUUUGAUUUGAUUCGUAUGCAUAUCAUCGCGCGAUGGCGCAUGGGUAUUCUUUCAUUUUUACUACUGUAUUAUGCUUUGACCCAUUUUAUCACAAAGUAAAUAUUUACUACUUUUACAUUAUUGUAAGGUGGUAACUGCGCUCUCUUUCUUUUUCACAAUUACAUUUAUUACAUCUCUCUUUGCCGACGUUUAAAUUGCUAAAAGGUGAACCUCGCUUCAACUCGUGCUUCAACCUCUUCGUUGGAAUGGGUUUUUACACAUGUGUACCUAACUUGUUUUAAACCGUUUAGCACAGCACAUCAUUUGAAGAAAUAUCAUACAUAAACCCACACUGGAGAAAAACAUACCUAAGUGUGAAAUUUGUUUUAAGCAGUUUAGCCAAAAAAGUGAUUUGAAAAAAAAAUUAAGAUUGCACACUGAAGAAAACUCUCACAGAUGUGAAAUUUGUUUUAAGCAGUUUACUGCGGCAAGUAAUUUGAGAGUACACACCGGGGAGAAACCUUAUAAGUGUGACAUUUGUUUUAAGCAAUUUAUUCAAGUGAGCAAUUUGAAAACACAUUUGAGAUUGCACACUGGAGAAACAAGGUGUGAAAUUUGUUUUAAGCAUUUUACUGCAGCAAGUCUUUUGAAAAUACAUUUGAGGGUGCACAGUGGAAAGAAGCCUUACAAGUGUGAAAUUUGUCUUAAGCACAGUUUUGUUAACCCAUUCACGGACACCACGGCAUAUGCAGACACUUACAAAGGGAUAUGGCUGUGUGAAUAUGAAGAUGUGUCCGCGAAAUUAUAAGGAAGAAAAAUAAAGAACGUGAACUAAAAAAAGAGAACCUGGGUCAGAAAUUAGAUAUACAGAAGGGAAGCAGAUGGGAUUCUUGUGACUACCUAUUACUGUACAUAAAAGAACGGUGAUCAUAGUCACUGUUUAAAAUCACCAUUUUUUUAAAAUAACGGUCAUUGAUCACGGUGUGAUUUGAAACAACAUACAACACAAAACUGCACUAAAACUUUUAAGUUCUAUAUACUCACUACUUAAUUCUUACAGUUUCCAAUGUACUUUCACCUUGUGUAUCUUUGGUCAUCAAUUUUAUUGACAUUCUAGGCGUCUUCUUACAUCUCGGAAAAGAUUCAAGUUCAACUCAAUUUCUUCUUCUCUUACUAUUGUCAACGGUGAUUGGAUCAUCAUGGUAAGAUCUCCAGAUCUUACCACUAUAGAUUUUUUCUUUGGGGGUAUUUAAAGAAUAUCUUCUACGCUAACUCACCGUAUACGGCCGUAUUCGCAAUAUGCGAGUUAGAUUGCAAAAGUCAACAUAUAACCAUAUAACAGGUUCUGAAAUCUAGAGUUAUUGAUUUAAAAACUAACAUCUACUCUCAGAAGACCCUGUUGCCUUCUCUAAUAAAUUGCUAUUGUAUGAGUUUAUACCAAAUUCUGAAAUAUAUGAUCAAUUUAAACAAUGAACAUUUAAAAUUCGUACUAGUAUAUAAUCUAUAUUACUAAAUUAAAAAAAAACCUUCUAGAAAUUUGAAAAUUAUUGUUCUGUGGUUUAUGUAUUAAAAUUUCUU